UUUGCUCUCAGCCUCUCAGUUGUGCAGGGGCAGUUUGCUCUCAGCCUCUCGGCCAUGUGAUGCCUUAGCCUGGGAACCUCGCUGGGCCGCACACAAGGCUCAGUUCAUUGCCGGCAGUGGCUUUGCACAGCCAAACAUCUGUGCUCAAAUCCAGAGCUGUUCUUAGGAUCUGAAUGCUGUUGAAGAGCAACAUUUAAAAUGUUAAAGGCAGUUUUAAAAAAGAGCCGAGAAGGUGGAAAAGGGACCAAGAAAGAUCCAGCAGGUGACUGCUGCCCAGAGAAUGCCUCGCAGGCCGUAGCCACAUCUGGCCACAAUGCAGAUUUGCCCCCUGGGGAGCAGCCAGGCCCCGAGGACACCUACAGAAUGAACGUGGCCAAGGGGGUGUCGAUGUCCCUGCCCUCCUCGCCCCUGCUGCCACGCCAGGCCUACCUCCUGCAGGCCAGGGCAAACAAGAAGUCUCCAGGUCCGGUCAGGAAGCCCAAGUAUGUGGAGAGUCCGCGCGUGCCCGGAGAGGCGGCUGUGCCCCCGCGGAAGGGCCCGGAGCCAGGGGAGCCCAGCCCCGGCGCAAAGCCUGACAAAGACUCGAGCUGUUCUCCUGCAGCACAAGAAUUGAUGACAAGAUUGGGUUUUUUACUGGGGGAAGGGAUUCCAACUUCUGCUCACAUGGAAGAGAAAAACGAAGUUAUGUGUGCAGUCCCCAGCCGAGGAGUGAGUCCCUGUUCCACCCUGACCAGCAGCACAACAUCGCCCAGCACCGACAGCCCCUGCUCCACCCUCAACAGCUGCGCCGGCAAAGCGGCGGCCAAGGGCAGCCCCUGCGGCACCAUGAGCACCCCCAGCUCCACCCUGGAGAGCAAGGACAGUGGCAUCAUAGCCACUAUCACCAGUUCAUCAGAAAAUGAUGAUCGUAGUGGAUCCAGUUUGGAAUGGAGCAAGGAUGGGAGUCUCAGAGCUGGAAAACAUCAUGGCAUCAGUCGUGAUCGAAGGACAGAUAAUUGUUCACCAGUUGCAGAAGAGGAGGCCAUUGGAUCUGCUGAGAAUUUGCCAAAAGAAGUACCAACAGGAGAGGGUCCCCUUCCUUACGCUCAGAGUUCUGGCUCUUUAAUAAUGCCUCGUCCAAACUCCGUUGCAGCAACAAGUUCAACCAAACUGGAGGACCUGAGCUACUUGGAUGGGCAGAGGAACACUCCCUUGCGCACCUCCAUCCGCUUGCCCUGGCACGGCGCGGCCGGCGGGAGAGCGCAGCACGAAGCUCGUUUCAUCCCCUACAAGCCCCAGGACAUUUUGCUGAAGCCGCUGCUGUUCGAGGUGCCGAGCAUAACCACAGACUCGGUGUUUGUUGGAAGAGAGUGGCUGUUCCAGGCCAUUGAAGAAAAGCUGCAGAGUCCUGACCCAGCAGGGAACAGGGGAGUGGUCAUCACUGGAAAUGUGGGAUUUGGGAAGACUGCCGUCAUCUCGCGGCUGGUGGCACUCAGCUGCCAUGGAAGUCGCAUGAGGCAAAUAGCUUCCAACAGCCCUAAUUCAUCCCCCAAAAGUGGUGACUCCUGCCAGGAGAUUCCAUUAAGCCAGUUACCCCCAUGUGCCCCUCCAGCAGGUGACACCAGUACAAGUGACAUUAAGGUCAAGACUCUGACUUGUCCUGCUGCUCCUGAAUGCAAAACUCAGGCGGGAGAUGCUGUGAGGCGCCUUGCUUCCAAGGUGGUGGCUUAUCACUACUGCCAGGCUGACAACACGUACACGUGCCUGGUGCCCGAGUUCGUGCACAGCGUGGCCGCGCUGCUGUGCCGCUGCCAGCAGCUGGCAGCCUUCCGGGAGCUGCUGGGCAGGGAGCCCCAGCUGCAGAGCCUGCUGAGCCUGCGGUCCUGCGUGCAGGACCCCGCCACGGCCUUCAGGAGGGGAGUGCUGGAGCCGCUCACACACCUCAGGAAAGAGCAGAAGAUUCCUGAGGAAGACUACAUAAUUUUGGUAGAUGGUUUAAAUGAUGCUGAAUUUCAUAAGCCUGAUUAUGGUGACACAAUUUCUUCAUUUAUCACAAGUAUAAUCUGUAAGUUUCCUCCCUGGCUGAAGCUCAUUGUGACUGUAAGAACUAACUUCCAGGAAGUAGUAAGUUCACUACCAUUUAUUGCAAUAUCCCUGGACAAUUUUCCAGACAACAAGGAAAUUCACAAUGAUUUGAAUGCUUACAUUCAGUACAGAAUUAAUAGCAGCCAAGAAAUCAUAAACAACAUAUCUUUAAAUGGAAAAGCUGAUGCAGCUACUAUUGGGAAAGUGAGUAACCACCUGAUCAUGAGAAGCCUGGGAUCUUAUCUCUAUUUGAAACUCACUCUGGAUCUUUUCCAAAAGGGUCACUUAGUAAUCAAAAGUGCAAGCUACAAGGUUGUUCCUGUGUCUCUGUCAGAGCUGUACUUACUGCAGUGCAAUAUGAAGUUCAUGACAAACUCUGCUUUUGAGCGAGCCCAGCCCAUACUCAAUGUGGCACUGGCAUCCCUGCAUCCCAUGACAGAUGACCAGAUUUUCCAGGCUAUUAAUGCAGGACAGAUAAAUGGGGAACACCAGUGGGAAGACUUCAGCCAGAGGAUGGAAGCCCUUUCGUGUUUUCUGAUCAAAAGACGUGACAAAACACGCAUGUUCUGCCAUCCUUCCUUCAGGGAAUGGCUUAUCUGGAGAGCAGAUGGUGAAAAUACUGACUUCUUAUGUGAGCCAAGGAAUGGACAUGCUCUACUGGCUUUCAUGUUUUCUCGACAAGAGGGGAAGUUAAAUCGCCAACAAACUAUGGAACUUGGUCAUCACAUCCUUAAAGCUCACAUUUUUAAGGGUCAGAGUAAAAGGACCGGAAUUUCUUCCAGUCAUCUCCAAGCCCUGUGGAUUGGUUAUAGUACUGAUGGACUGUCCACAGCCCUGGCUUCUCUAAGAAACAUCUACACACCCAAUGUGAAGGUGAGUCGGCUGCUGAUUUUGGCAGGAGCAAAUGUGAAUUACAGGACUGAAGUACUGAAUAAUGCUCCAGUGCUGUGUGUUCAGUCGCACCUUGGGCAUGAAGAAGUGGUCACUCUUCUACUAGAAUUUGGAGCUGCUAUUGAUGGAACUUCAGAAAAUGGGAUGACAGCCCUGAGUUACGCAGCUGCUGCUGGUCACAUGAACAUCGUGUCACUGCUGUGUAAAAGAGGUGCAAAGGCCGACUGUGCAGACAAGAAGGGCCAGUGUGCCUUGGUCCAUAGUGCCCUGAGAGGGCACCGUGGCAUCCUGGAGUACCUGCUGGGGCUGGUGUGGGUGGCUCCGUGCCAGGAGCAGGACGCGCUGCGGAAGCGCCAGGCACUGCACCAGGCACUGACGGCUGCUGCCAGCAUGGGGCACUGCCAGGUGGUUCACUACAUCCUGACAGUUGAAAAGGACCAUGACAUGGAUAUCAAUGACACUGAUGCCUUGUGGGGAGAAACAGCCCUCACAGCUGCUGCAGGCCGAGGGAAGCUGGACGUGUGCGAGUUCCUCCUGGGGCGCGGGGCGGCCGUGACGAGAGCCAACAGGAGGGGGGUGCCCCCGCUGCUCUGCGCCGUCCGGCAGGGCCACUGGCAGAUUGCUAAACUUCUAGUGGAGCAUGGGGCUGACGUGAAUUUAAGUGACAAGCAGGGCCGAACACCACUGAUGGUGGCUUCUUGUGAAGGACAUCUGAGCACUGUGGAAUUUCUGCUUUCUGAAGGUGCAGCUAUUUCCUCUCUGGACAAGGAAGGACUGACAGCUCUGAGCUGGGCCUGUCUGAAAGGCCACAGGGAAGUGGUUCAGUAUUUAGUAGAGAAAGGUGCAACAACUGAUCAGACAGACAAAAAUGGACGAACACCCCUAGACUUGGCAGCGUUUUAUGGAGAUGCUGAUAUUGUGCAGUAUCUGGUGGAGAAAGGAGCAAUGAUAGAGCACGUGGAUCACAGUGGGAUGCGGCCGCUGGACAGAGCGAUCGGCUGCCGCAACACCUCAGUGGUGGUCACACUGCUGAGAAAAGGAGCUAAGCUGGGAAAUGCAGCCUGGGCUAUGGCCACCUCGAAACCCGAUAUCCUCCUGAUUCUGCUGCAGAAACUGAUGGAAGAAGGAAAUACACUGUACAAAAAAGGCAAGAUGAAGGAAGCAGCCCAGCGCUAUCAGUACGCCUUGAGGAAGUUCCCGAGGGAAGGCUUUGGAGAGGAAAUGAAAGCCUUCACUGAGCUGAGAGUGUCACUGUACCUGAACCUGUCACGAUGUCGCCGAAAAACAAACGAUUUUGGUAUGGCUGAAGAGUUUGCUACCAAAGCCUUGGAUCUGAAGCCCAGGUGUUACGAAGCCUAUUAUGCCAGAGCAAGAGCCAAGAGGAACAGCAGAAAGUUACUUGCUGCUCUUGCUGACCUACAUGAAGCCGCUCAGCUGUGUCCCAGCAAUCAGGAGAUAAAACGUCUCCUGGCUCGGGUGGAAGAGGAAUGCAAACAGUUGCAGAGAACACAGCAACAAAAACAUCAGUCUGCACAGCUACUGGAGCAAACCAACAGCUCCGAUAAUGAGGAGGGUGUUGUAUCAGGCGUGAAGGAGAAUUUCAGUCCUCAAGACAGGGAGGAUGAACUGUCACACCCCGAUGAAUCUGUUUCCCCACCACAAAGGCUGCAAUGUUCCUCAGCUGCUUCAUCGUUCAGCAGGACCCUUCAGGAAGGUGUUCAGCAGAAAGCUCGGUCUGUGUCCCCUCAGAGCAGAACAAGCAGUAAGUACCUGAGAGAGCCAGGCUUGAUCAUGCAGCCAACAAAGCAGGCACAGAUUGUAAAAACUAAUCAGCACCUGAGCUCCAUCCAGCCUGGAUCUAAACCAGGAAGCAGUCAAGGUAAUACAAAGGCACAAUCAUCUUUGCAGCAUCAUCCCCUAAGUCCGUUACCCGUCCCACACUCUAGAAGUCAGCAUUUGGAUGGGACAAGCACACUGUCAUCUGGAAGCAUUUCCGCAGAUCCCAGUGCUGAACUGUGCAGUGAGAAGUUCAUGUCCAGCCAGUGUUCCCAUCCACAGCAUCACAAGACUCUCUCUUCUCAUUCUUUUGCCAGCAAGUCUAAACCCACAGACAGGUCCACAGCCCCUGCUCAGAUGAACUUCGGUAACACAAGGCAGCAAAGCCCUGUACCCAGUGCUGUCUCUUCAAGCUCUCCAUCCAACAGUGUGAUUCUGGCCAGCUCAGGCAGCAGCUUCACCUCAGCCAGCAGCUUGUCAGGCAGCGUUAAGGGGCUGGGCCCUGAUGUUCGACUCAAGGAGAGUAAUGUGAGUCAGGUUCAGGGUACUGAGCACCGACCCCGCAAUACCCCAUUUAUGGGAAUCAUGGACAAGACUGCAAGGUUCCAGCAGCAAAACAUGCAAUCCAGUCGCACUUGGCACGCUCAGGCAUCAGAUGGAUUAUCCACAAACGUUGCUCCUGGGGGCAUCCAGCCCUCAAACUUGGAGCAGUUCUCAGUGAAACACUACCAAACUAAAAUCCCCUCUCUGGCUGCUGCCCUGGGAGAUGGCAACCAGAGCAGUGUGCAAGCGAGAGACCGCGAGGAACUCCCGUGCCCAGUCCCUCCCCACUGUCCAGACAAAUCCCCCAGCCAAGGUUCUCAUUCAUACCCCGAUGCUGCAGCCAAACCCCUGUCCCACAGCAGCCAGGACGGGCACCUCAGCCACACGGCAAAACCAAAGCGAUCCUUCAUUGAAUCAAAUGUAUAAAUCCUACUUUGGGUAUUUACUGGGUAAACCUGGCUCGGCACAGGGUGUGACUGCUCUCACAACACUCACUGGCUGGGCACAGCUGGCUCCGAGGGAACAGCCCGUGCUGGCCAGUCCUUACUGGGAUACAACCACUUCACACUGUUCCUACCAGCACAGGACAGUGACAGUAACUGGAACAACAGACUUCUGUAGGAAGAGUCAAUUAGGGUUGUCCAAACAACAGAGUAGGACCUCGAGCAGAGAAAUCCUUUCCAUUACAUUUUACCAUUAAAUAAGAGUUUCCUUUCACGUAGGGCUUCAAUCUUGGCUUUUGGUUCUGUUGCAUCUCACACAUAAUACUUGUGCCUCUCCAGUGCUUAAGUGCUUACUUCUCACAGCAGUGUUAAGGAAGAUAAUCUGCUGCAGAAUACUCAGAUCUGUACAUGCAUGCGUUUUUUUAAAUCAAAGAUAGUAUUUUAUCACUUUUCUAGCGGGAUGUAAUUUGGGUUGCAUGAUGUACAUUUAGGAAGCAUAAAUAAUUUGUGUAUGAGUAAACUUAUAAGCAGCCAUGUUUGACAUGUAAAUAUAACUAUUUUUGGUAACUAGGAGAAAUCAAAUAAAAUAAAGAGUGACAUUUGCAUGUGUAUUAAGAAGCUUUGACCAUAUUGGUUAUUGCACUGAAGAACACAAUAUUAUGGCCUAUUAACAAUAAUUGCACUUUAUAUAGGUUAUCUAAUCACCUUUGGGUGCUAUCUUAAAGCAAAAUGAUUUAUUGUUUAUUUGUGAAAAGGUACAGCAGUUAAAUGCCUAGUGAGUGGUUUUAUGGGAAACCUAACAAAUGGAUGAAGAUGAAAGUUUGAGGAAAAGUGUAUGUGCAGUUGCAUGGCAGGAUGAAGCUGUGAAGUUUUUUUGGAGGAAAUAAGGUUUUAUAUUGGCAAGAACAUUGUGAAAAGGAACGGCUGCAGCGAACGUUGCGACGAGUGCAAUUCGUUGGAGAGCUCAGCUUUACCCCCUGCCCAUCGUGCUUGGUUACAGUGCUCUGUGUCCAGUGUAAGCACCUGUACCCAGCUCUCCAAGUCCUUUUGGAGUUUGCAUCAUGAUGCUUUAGCUUAUUUAUUGUUUACCGGUUCUUUUUGUACAAUUCAUAUAUUAGUCUUGUCCUGUAGUUCUAUUUUUGCACAGCUACUGUAUUUUUUUCCAUACAAAAUAAAGAUGCUUAAUAUACCUG